AUGUCACAGCCAAACGUCUAUGACUCGAUCAGUCUAGCGUCCACCAUAAAGCCUGGGAACUCUCCUUUGCACAAGGCAAACGAGCCGGCCAACUUUAAGCACGAAAAGUUGUUUGCAGAUGACUUGGAUCCGGAAGAAUUCAUAUCAGGCACGAAACUGGACAUUGCAACGAUAGACCACAAGAUUAACGCCACCGCCACCAAGGUCAAAAAUGAAGGCUCGUACCCCAAUUUGAUCAACACGCUGGACGUGAAUCUUCUUGGGAAAAGCUAUUCUCCGUUUCCGGAGAGUCGUCACUCUUGGGCUUCUGAUCUGCGUGAUUUGCAUCUGGGUGGGGACCAAACGUACAAAGAGCCCAUUGCCUACUUGCUAGGGAAAAUCGAUCUCCUACUGAAACGGUUGACCUCCAAAGCUCUCCUACACAAGGAGAUGCUACAUUCGGGGCAACCGGGCAUUGCCGAGAUGAGAUUGAGUGUUCAAUCGGACUACCAGCAGUUGUCCGAGUGCCAUGUGUCCUUGCACGAACUCUACACCAAACAAAUGAACUACACAAACGAGACGGAGUUGCUAUUUGCCAAAUGGGAGCUGAAGAGAGAAAGAUUGUUGCAAAACGUGUUUGAUAUCCUCAGCAAAGACAGUGAACACGGAGGCAAGCUAGCCAGUCUCAUCUCAAAGUCACGUGACAUCGACGACCAGAUGGUGGAGCUCCACGCCAAGUUGGCUGCUUUGAAGCAGAAGAAAGAGGUUAUUGCAAGAGAGAUUGAGGAUACGCAAAGCACGUUGCAAAGUAGAACUGCAAUGUUUAUUGAGAGGUUCAGAGACCUCGAAGAAAAAGGGAAGCGUAUUCUGCACCAGUAUUUGGAAGAAUGCGGCACUCGCGAAAGGGACGUUCCUGCGUUGUUGAAAGUCGAAAUUGUCGAUGUAUCGUUGCAAAGACUUUCCGGGACAGACUUUUUGCUUAACGACGAUGUGGAAAACAAUAAACAACAGCAAAAACUUCAACAACAAUCACAAUCUGGAGUUAGUAACGCACAAGGACAAAAUGUUGGAGGUGCUUGGGUUAUAGACCACAACAACCAAGACCUCUCAGGGAAAUCUCCCCGUGAUCUCCCCGUGCCAAAGCAAAACUCCAUAGGAAUACAACCAUAUAUAGCCCCAGACAAAGUCGACCAGAAAGAAAUGAACCAUGGCCACGGACCCACGCCAUACGAUCUAGGAUAUCUCAAAGGUGCCAAAAACUCGUCGCAAUUCAAACAUCGCAUCCAAAACUUUAUCAAGAACAUCCAAUCUAGAGUUCCCGAUCUGCGCAGCAAAUUGGGUCCAAACACGCCACGAGAUGACGAUGGCGAUCGAUGUUUGGAGAAAUUGGACAUCAAUCUCAUCAAGGACCAUUUAGAGCGGCAGAAAGCAGCUCUCCACGACCAGAUCAGGUUGUCCUCUGCCAUGGCUACCGAAUACCACCAAUGCGCCACACGCUGGGAAAGGAUACGUCAAAUUGUAUCGCAGCAUGAAGAUCAGUUGGAAGCUGUUUUAUCGUCAAGAGGCAAACUGGAGGAUACGAAGCCGCUCGUUGGGGUGUUGAGCUCUGCUGUCGACUUGCUUUCGCUGGAGAAAGAUAUCGUCAGUAGAGCGCACAGGGAGGAGAGCAGUGACAUCGCUGGUGUCCACACGAGUGUGAUUCUAAUGCUCGUCAAUAAUGAAAUUAAUGCAAUAAAAGCUGGGCUUAAAAUCAUCGGAGACCUCACUAAACGUAAAUAA